AUGGCAAAGAGGAACAUUUCAUCUUUCCUUGUUGUUUUGGUGUCACUACUUGCAGUAGCUUUGGCAGAGGCGACAACAGAACCGCCGGCUGUCUACAUCUUCGGGGACUCAACCCUUGAUGUUGGGACUAAUAACUACAUACCUGAAUGCCUCGCAAAGGCAGAUUUCUAUUUCAACGGCAUUGAUUUCCCUUACUCAGAGCCAACGGGGAGGUUCAGCAAUGGUCUUAACACUGCUGAUGAAAUAGUGAGGCUGUUGGGUCUGCGGAGGAGUCCACCACCGUUUCUCCAGCUUGUCAAUGAUCCGUCGACUUUCAGGAAGAAUAUACUAAAGGGCGCCAACUUUGCCUCUGGAGGAUCCGGUAUUUUGAAUAGUACUGGACAGUAUCAAUACAGAAAGGUCAUAUCCAUGGGGGAUCAGAUCCAACAAUUCUCAACCGUUCGAUCAAAUAUCACAAAUAUGACGGCCAGUGAUGCAGCUACCGAUGCCAUUCUUUCCAAAGCAUUCUUUCUUAUCAGCGUUGGCAGCAAUGACAUCUUCGAGUACCUGCUUAACAUCACCAGACCACCAAUGACCAUACCGGAGUUCAAUGCCACCCUUGUAUCCACAUAUGAAUACCAUUUAAAGACUCUAUACGAGCUUGGCGCCCGAAAGUUAGGUAUCUUAACCGUUCCACCGAUCGGGUGCACCCCAUUUGCUCGAGCUAGAGCCAAUGGUAACUGUUCCGAGCCAGCUCGGCGGUUUGCGCAAGCAUUCUAUACAGAGGCUGUGGCCUUACUAGAAAAGCUUAGCUCCCAAGUCCCAGAUUUAAGGCUACAAGCCCAAGCUCUUUGUGAUUCAGGUUUAAGGGAUAUUACAUCGGCCUGCUGUGGAAAUGGAACGUACGCAUGCAAUCAAACGGCUAGCUUUUGUUCUAACCGUGACGAAUACUUGUUUUGGGACCAGUUUCAUCCGACACAGCGAGUUUCGGAGUUGGCAGCCUUAACACUAUUCGGUGGAUCCGAAUCGUUUGUGGCUCCCAUGAAUUUCAGUCAGUUGUUGGGGGUUAACAUUUAG